AUGGAGAGCGGUGUAGGUCUGUUGUCUCCAGCAACACUCAACGAUCUGAUCGCACUGGAGCAACUCGAUGAUCAGGCGUUCUGGGAGUCGUACGUGGUGCCGGAGACACCCUCCGCGGCUGCUACGGCAACGAGUGUCGACCUGCGGGGGGCAACGGCGGCGUACUCGUACCCAGCGCCUGCCUACGCGGAGAGCGUCGAGCUCCAACGCCGUCCGAAUGUGAGUGCUCUGGAUGAAGCGCUGUUUGAUCGAGUGUACAGCCUGCUGGGGGCACUUGAUCCCCGAGACCUUCCGCAGCUUGUUGCGUACCUCACGAGUUGUGGGCACAGCGGUGCCGCUGUGCGGCUCGUCGCCGUAACCGGCGGUGUGGCAACACUCACUGCUCUCUUACCGAGAGGCUGGCGAGCCACGAGUCGGCAAGUCGCGUUGCUAGCCUACAGUGCCGGUGGCCAGGCAGUUCUUCAGCGAAGCGUAGAUCUCAGACCCUGCUUUGCCGACUGGCACGAGAACGCACCGGACGCUCGAUCGACAAUGGCUUGUUUGGCACUGAGCUUGACGUUUGGCGUUCGCAGCAGCUGCACAGCUCGCUUCCGUCCCGCUGGUACACACUGCCCCGUACACGGACGACAGCAUGAUGCGGUGCUUGCCAUGUUCUGGCACGAAAUCGAUUAUAUAGAGGCAGCACGGCAUGCGCUGCUCGCAACUUGGCGAGAAUUAGUGGCUGGUACGAGAUUGUCUCGUCAUGAUGGACCCCAAGCGACAACUGCAGCCCGCUGGCCUGUGGGUGCACCGUGCCCAGGCCCAGCGAGUGAAGGCAGCUCGAGACCCGAGGCUGCGGCGACGCUCUUGAACGCUGGGCAGCACGCAAUACCUCCCGUGAAUGGCAUUACCUGCCAUGGAGGCGGUGCCCAGUCUGCAUUACUGAACGCACGGACCCGAAUGAGUGCCCAGUGCUCUCGACCAGUACCCUGCUGGCCAGACGGGGCGUCAACGGGACGCAACGAGAGCCACCCGAGCUCAGAUACAGAUACUGCGGAUCCGGUACUCGACUCGCGGGCGCUCCAGCGUCACCAGCGCUACAUCGUCGUCCCAAGUCGUCACCGAGCGCUCAAUCUGCUACACCUUGCUGUGGUGUAUGGCGCCCCGGUGCUACUCCAAGGCGAGCCUGCAACCGGCAAGCGUGCUCUGCUGCACUUUCUGGCGAAGGAGCUGAAGCGCCCCAUCACCGCCUUCUACUGGGAUCGGCUGGGUUUCGAGGAAGACGCUUUUCUGGAUGCAAUCGCAGUCAUUGCGCCCUGCGGCCCUGGUCGUUUCCAGUGGCGACUGGGUCCUGUGGGUGAAGCCCUGGCCCAGGGACACUGGCUUGUCCUCGAGGGCCUCGGCAGCUCGAGCGCUACCAACCGACGCCUUGCCACGAGUGUUGUGCAGCAGCUCGCUUCGAUACGCCCUGGUGCAGUAUUCGAACUUCCAGGGCGAAAUUUCGCCUUGCAAUUGCAUCAGGACUUUCGGCUGUUCGCGAUUCGCACUGGAACAUCAGCAUCGCUUACUACCACGGACGAGACGUCUUCCUCGUGGAUCGGCUGGCUCGUUAUCGACUUGCCACCGUAUGCGAGAGCGGAGCGUCACCAACUGCUCGGGGAACGAUUCCCAACUUGCACCCCGUGGAUCGAUCGCGUCCUCGCUAGCGUAGACUGCACCGCGGCGUGCUGUCGGAAACUCGCCGACAAUCUCCCGCUUCCGGGACUGAACGAAGCAGUUCGUUUGGCUACUCGUUUAGCGCGCACCCAAGAGGCGCUCACCGAACCGUUGACUCCUGAGGUUGCGCUCAUCCAUGCGCUGGAUGUUCUGGCACCGCUGUUGCCGCCGGCUGCUGCCGAAGACAAGCACGUGGAGGAUGCUCUGCUCACAGCACUGGCUAGCCAGUGGAGUCUCUCUGCCCAUGAGGCACGCAUAUGGUGGUCGCUAGCGUGGAAGCAGUCACCUCUGCCGCAACUGCUGGAACGCAUGGCCGUAGCGCCCACCGAGACCAGCUGCACGGCGCUAGGUCAACUCUACAGAGCACUCGAUCACGAUGAGCCAGUCCUCUUGAUUGGCGAAACAGGUGUCGGGAAAACGUUUAUGGUACAGGAGCUGGCGAAAAGUCUGGGACGACGACUCGUCGUGCUCAAUAUGUCGCAGCAGAGCGACCUCACGGAACUGUUUGGUGGCUAUCAACCGAUCGAUACGCGCAAACUCCUGCAAGACUUGGCGUAUGAGCUGGAGGUUGCAUUCAGCACAACCUUCUCCACGCAUCGUAACCAGGACUUGAUCCUGCAGCUUCGUCUAAUGGCCCGUCGUCGUGACGCGAGUCGCCUAGUUCGACUCGCCCGCAGCCUCUUUACCAGAGUGGCGAGCAGUGGCCGCCUCGAAGGUCACCAGCAGCGGGCGCACUGGGAUCAGGUACAGCGACUCGUUUCGCAAAUGGAGGAUGCCUACGGGUCCACAGCGUUGGAAAAGCGCUCACGGUUGCGAAAGCGACACCGCACUCUUGUGACGUCCACGAGCGAGCCGGCUUCCGGUUCUAUUGAUACAUCUGGUGCUCGCAAAGUACGCUGGCUGGACAAACGACAGCACUUGCAGAGCCGAAGCGAUUGUUCUGACGCUGUUGCUACCGCCCUGGACAACGAAAUGGACGAUGACGAGAGCGACGUGCUCGUCCGCGAGACACCAACAGCGGAGGCAGAGCCGCCUUUGCGCUUCGCUUUUCGAGAAGGCUUGUUGGCGCUAGCGCUUCGUCGUGGCGACCUGUUGCUCCUCGACGAACUGAACUUAGCUCCGGCGGCUUGUCUGGAACGCCUUACUGGCGUACUCGACUCGAUAUGGGAAAGCACAGCACACUCGCCAACGGCAUCGUUGCCGCCCAGGCACCGCAACCAAGUCGCUGUGUUGUCGGCUAGUAGUAGCAUCAACCGACAUCCAGCUUUCCGACUCGUAGCCUGUAUGAACCCGGAGACCAACAUUGGCCGGAAAGCGUUACCCGCGAGCCUCCAGAGACGUUUCACGACUAUUCGGUUGAACGAUGAGCUUCCAGACGAGGACCUGCAUCGCCUGGUGGAGCACCUCUUUACGAAGCGUCUGCAUCCGAGUCAAGCUCGGGUCGAUACCGAACAUUCUUUGACGAAGCGUGUAGUGCUUUUUUAUCAACGAGUGCGCGGACUGGCUCGUUCGAGUUUGUCCAGCGCUGGUGACGGGACUGCUCCCCGUUUUCCGCUGCGAACGCUCAGUCGGAUGCUGCGACUGGCGCUGCACCUCACUCAGUGCGGUUUAGAUGCUCGCAGGGCUCUCUACGAAGGCGCUUGUCUUGGUUUCAGCACUUUUCUCGCGGAGACAAGCCGCCAACGUGUGCUGCAUCUCGCGUACGAGCUCCUGGCUGCUGACUUGGCAACACCCGAGCGUCAUCUGCUCACGCCAGUGACGAAACUGUUACCGGCGAUACCACGAAAGCGUCCAGUGGUCGAUGUCGGAGGCCAGUGGCUCACCCUGGUACAGCCAGGUGCCUCGCCUGCCUCCAGUCAAGCUACGAAUGGUGAGGCUCAGGUACCCGCCAGCGAGUCUCGACGAGAGAUCCGCGUACCGGGAGAACACUCCGUUACCGCUGCGUCAGGUGCUGCUUGCAAGCAGCUGCUCACCAAAGGUGUCUCGGCGACGUUGAGCACUGCCAGUACCCGAGGUUGCAGCCCGACGUUCGUCUGUACACGAACGAUGGUGAAAGCGCUGUCAGAUAUCGCCCGGGCACUGGUCGAUGGACUCCAGAAGACGCCAGUGCUCAUCGAGGGUGCAACUGCGGUCGGUAAGACCGCCUUGGUCAAGCACCUGGCCGAGCGUACCGGUCACGAACUUAUUCGACUCAAUCAACACGAGCACACGGAUGUGAGCGAAUACCUGGGUCGGUAUUUGGUAGGACCUGAUGGGUGUCUACGGUUUGUCGAGGGUCCUUUGGUGCGCGCUGCUCGUCACGGACACUGGGUGCUUCUCGAUGAGCUCAACCUGGCUCCCGGUGACGUUCUCGAGUCCAUCAACCGACUCUUGGACGAAAAUCGUGAACUCGUCAUUCCGGAAACUGGUCAAGUGGUACAAGCGCAUUCGCAGUUUGCUCUGUUUGCUACCCAGAAUCCCAGUGGUAGCCGCUAUGGUGGACGCAAAAUGCUCUCUCCGGCAUUUCGCUCUCGUUUUGUUCUCAUUCAUCUGCCCGAGAUGCAAGAUGAGGAGCUCCUAGAGAUCCUCGGUAUCUGUUACGAGGUACCGGCUAGCUUUGCGAGCGCCAUGGUUCGUAUUCUGCGAGACUUGCAACUGCGACGCUGUACGGAACGCAUUUUUGCCGGCACAGAAGGCCUGGUAACCGCGCGGGACCUCUUCCGCUGGGCCAACCGGCGAGCACGUGAUCGGCAAGCGCUACGUUUCCACGGUCGUUGUUUGCUGGUGGAGCGCCUGCGCGAACCCGCGGAACGUAACGCUGUCUGGAGAGUACUCUGUCAACACAUAGGUCUGGGUGUCGUGGAGGAGUCACCACGAAAUGACGCGAGGACGUCCAGUGGCGUGCAAGCGUCGACAAGCGAGCAUGCUGCUGCUGCUGCUGCUGCUGCUGCUGCUGCUGCUGCUUCGGUGACUAGGGAGCAUACCAUCAUGGCGAUGGUGGAUGUGCUUCCACCGUUGACGCUCCGGGAACUGCUGGAUUCGCUACCUGAGCGCGACCAGUGUCCCUGGUUGAAUCUAUUCGACAGUACAGGCGCAGAUCAAGACCAUGAGGCAGAAAUGCCGCAACAGCAGCCCCAAGCAAGCGCAGAUCAAGUCUAUCAGACGCAGCAGCAGCAACAGCAGCGACAUCACCAAACUGGCAACGCGUUGCAUCGAUCGGGCUCGGUGCCGUUGGGGACACUCCUGUGGCAACGCAUUGAGGCAACUGCGGUGGAGGCAUUGGGACUCGUCAUGGUUCCGAGUCUGCAACGCGUACUAGGACUCGCUUUACACGCCAUUCUUAACCAAGAACCGGUACUUCUAAUUGGUGAGACCGGUAUCGGCAAAAGCACGGUCUGUGCCGUAUUAGCUGCUGCCCUGAAUCGGCCACUCUAUACCCUGAAUGGUCAUCGUCAUACGGAAGCUGCGGACCUCGUAGGUCGUUACGUUCCCGUAGUGAGCACAGAGGCCCUGAACGAUCCUCCAUCGACUGCCGUGCCGCAGAGUUGCGCUACAACGGCAUCCAAAGUGGUUACGAGCACGAGAAAACCUCGUUUCAAGUGGCAAGAUGGAGCACUCACCUCGGCGAUGAGACAAGGUGCGUUCCUCCUGAUUGAUGAAAUCAACAUGAUCGACGACGCUGUGGUGGAGCGUCUGAACAGUGUGCUAGAACCCGCAGGCAAACUGGUGCUCAGUGAACACGGAGGUGAACCCCUUCCAGAGGUGCAGGCAGCUCCGGGCUUUGGCGUCUUCGCUUGUAUGAACCCCAGCGGUGACUUUGGCAAGAAGGAACUCUCCGCUGCCAUACGGAAUCGCUUUACCGAGAUAUGGAUACCCUAUGAGGGCUCCUGCGAUGAUCUCUUCCCGGUGGCUGCGGAGCUGUUGGCAAGCGAACCACCGCUGGUGCUGGAACUCUGGAAGCGCGCCCUCGAAUGGCUUCUCCAGCGUCAGCGUAUGCUCCAGCAGCCUGCUAUGAGCAUUCGGGACCUCGUGGCCUGUAUUCGUAUCUAUCGAGCGCAACAGCAACAGCAACAGCAACAGCAACAUCGAGGUGCUGUGGUUGCGGCCCUCUACGAGGCCCUCGAAGCCUUCUGGGAGAGUGCCUGGAGUUUGUCGCCAGUGUCUCGACUCUCGCUUCGGAACGAGUUGCAGAGCCUUUUUCAAGACGAACAUGCAGUUGCGAUACAUGGUGUGCAACUGCAACAUGAGCGACAAGUACUGCAGCACCAGCGCCAACCGGUCGAGUCGACCGGGCGCCCUUCCUGGUGCUGGACUGCUCCCACAGUGCAACGCAACCUGCGACGCUUGGAGCGAGUUCGUGCUGUGGAUCAGCGACCUGUUCUGCUGGAGGGCCCGCCAGGGGUCGGGAAGACCCAACUUGUUUUGGCGCUUGCUGAAACGCUCUCCAAAAAGGUGCACCGGGUGAAUCUCAGCGAGUUCACCGAAAUGAUGGACCUGGUGGGGACCUUUGUUCCCCACGGCAGCGGGUUCUGCUUCCGGAGAGGUCCACUGUAUACGGCAAUGGAGCGAGGCGACUGGAUUCUCGUUGAUGAACUGAACCUGGCGAGUCAGUCGGUUCUCGAAGGUCUCAAUGCAGUGUUGGAUCAUCGCCGAAUGCUCCAUGUUCCGGAGCUUGCACUUUCGCUUCCAGCAUCCGAGGGUUUUCGUUUCUUCGCAACACAGAAUCCUGCGGGAACGACGCUGGGGCGGCGUUCGCUCCCACGCAGUUUUCUGAACCGCUUUUGGCGGAUUCCCUGCGACGACUAUGAUGCUGCAGACUAUGAAGCGGUUCUGAGGCUACGAUUUCCAUCAUUGGAGCAGUUUCCUGACGUGUUGCAACAGCUGACGCACUGGUGGCCUCAAAAGUUGAGCCUGGUUCAUGCACAACCAGCCACGAUGCGGGAUGUGCUGCGUCUGGCAACGCUCUGGAAUGCGUACCCCAGUGUGCCGCUGCGCAGCUGGGCUCAGCUGCUUCUGCCGAUGCCGCUGGAGGUUGCCCAACGAGCGGUUUCAGUCCCCGAGACUCUAGCUGUUGCGCAUACAGGGCGCAAAGUGGAUGUUGCCGUGCAUCCGGUAUUUGGGAAGGAUACUGUGCAGGGGUCAAGCCCUGGAGAUGCGGAAGCACCCGGGAAAGCAUCUCGUGUAUUGGCGGCAGUCCAUGAGCAUGCAACUAAAUCCGGUGCUGCUGCUGCUGCCGCUGCUGACGACGACGACGACGAUGAUGACGAUAAGAACAAGGAUAACGAUGAUAGUGAUCAUGCGCACCGGAAAGGAUACCUUUCACAGACGGUCACGGAAAAGCAUCCAAAAGGUUCGCUUUCUCUAUCACGAGUUUUCGUUACGCAGCGCUUGGAUGCACACAACGGCGAGUCAAAUGCAGGAAACCAAGUUAUACCGACACCCGGGCGCAAACGAGUCACUUUUGAGAAAUAUCCGCCAGCACCAGAUGGUUCCUGGUGGUCGUUUCGGACCCCGUUGCCGCAAGUUGUGCUCCGGAUGGAUGCAGCAUCCACUGAGGAGGAUCACCUUUGCGGUAUCGUAGACCCGGUUGUGGGCGGCACUGCAUCGCUCGUGACGUGCAGUUGCUGGCAGCCUCGGUAUGUUUCUGCGUUCCGGGAGCAGCUUUUCCGAAAGUGGCUCCAAAUGGAUCCUUGUGCACUUUUCUGUCGCAACAACACUAGCGAGCACCGCGCAGACAGGGCAACAGCGAUGCACGCAGGUCCACUGUCUCAGUCGCUAACUCGAGACGAUUCUUCACGGACCCCGCAUUCCAUGGAGGCAGAGCAAUCCUCUGAGAUAGCACCCCAGUUCCAGACUGGGAACAACGUUCCUGUAGCAGUCUCGGGGGACGCUCUGGCGGAAAACUCGGGUGAUGCGGUUCCCCUGGGCACAGUAUCCGCACACGAAUCGAAACAGCUGCCAAGCGCCUCUGACUUGUACAUCGGGGAUACGAUCCAAACACCAGACGCAUCCCGCAACUUGAAGUGGUGCUUUUGCUGGGGUCCAGUUCUCGUAGCGGGACGCGAGGUGCAGGGUCCCAGUGCACACGGUCUGCUGGGACCCAGUCUCGCCAUUGAGAGCGUGCCGGAAUGGAGGCCCUGUCAGGCACCCCACUGGACAGCCUUAGCCGUAGCGGUUACCCAGCGAUGGCCCUGCUUGCUGGUUGGUCCAGCGAGCUGCGGCAAAGCCAGCCUUGUUCAGGGUAUGGCGCAAAUCCUGGCGAUGCCGCUCACAGAGGUGGUGCUCAGCAACCAAACCGAUAUUACGGAUCUGUUCGGGGGUUACAGCCACGCUUCAGAGCAGCGGACUAGGGAAACGAUAUGCGCCUCGUCGUCGCUGCACAACUCCAGUAGAGCACGUUCGUCUUCAUCGUCCGCAAGACAAGACCCUGAGUACUUCGUUUGGCGUCCGUCGCGCCUGCUGACUGCCCUUGAACAAGGACACUGGCUCUUACUGCGGCACGUGGAGGCGUUGUCACCGGCUCUACUGGAUCGUUUGAAUCCGCUGCUUGAGGAGGAUGUUUUCGAGCUCCCGGUACCCGAAGCGCCACCAAUGUUAUCCCAACACGAUGACCCCAGCGACACCGGCAUCCGACGCUUUGUCAUCCAUCCCAGGUGUCGUAUUUUUCUGACGGCAACUUGUUCGGAAGCUGCUGCAGGGUGUGCUGCACGUCAGAGCCCGGCUCUCUCCGAGGCGCUCAUGAGCCGUUGUUUGACGCUGUGGGUAGGCGGCAGCGCUGCUUCCGAGCAGCCCGUCGAGGCAGCACACGCGCAAGCGUCAGCUUUCCAGGGGCAAGCAUUGCCUUGUGGCGACGUUACUGGACGAGGGAAUGCUCUAGCAGCGUCUGCGACAAAGCCCAUGGAUGCUCGGUGUUUUGCAGCGGCAAGCGAAGUACCUGCCGAAGCGCUUUGGAGCGGUAUCACUCGAACAUCGAUCUCCUUGUUCUAUGAUCCAUUACGUCCGGUAAUUGAAUACGAUCUGGAUCGAUUGGCACGGGUGCUGGACUUGUUCGAUACAGCUGCCGCUAGCUGGUGCGAGCAAAACUCGACGUUGCCAGUUGCCAUCAGCGUCGGAGGUGAGCGGUCUGCACCAGCCGCGGUGAGUCACGAGGAUGCAACAAACGCCUCUAUCUGGGGCAGCGCUCCUUCACGCGCUACCGAAGCGAACGUUCUGGCUUUUUGGGCGAGCCGUCAGGUGCACCUGUGCCGCACCCGCGUCAUCCAGGCUCUGCGACAGCACGCGGAAGCUGCUGGCCUCUUCCUGAUGAUGAGUUCGCCACUGGACUUGGGUUUGCGUCUCGCGCUCAUCGGUCUAGGACCAGAAUCGUAUCCAUUGAUGCCGUUCUCCGCAGAGACGUUUCGCAGAGCAUCUCGUUCGCUUGCCCCGGUUGCACGACUGCCCAGAGAUGGAGCGUCCAGUCCUGGGCGUACCGGAUCCGCGUCAUUGAGCGGUGAACCUCUACUGGAUACGCUGCAGCUGCAUCCCAUACCCGAUACAGGCACAGAAUCGACUUUUGCAAUGCAGCAGCAGCAAGUGCUCGUGUGGUUGCUCCUUUACUGGCGUUGUUUUUGGCCAUGGCAGAUUCCCUGGUCGACGUCAACGAUACAGGGCCCGUUCAGGAAGCAGAUUACGGCCAUUCGACUGGAUGCUCUCGAGAGCCUGUCCCGAAAACGCUUUCAGGAGAGUGGAAACGAUGCACGCUGGCGAGCAUCAAUAAUGCAUCCAGUUGGAUCAAGCACCCGUGGGUAUGUUGCUGUGUUUCAGCCAGCUUGGAAAAGAAUACGCAGCGCACUUGAACUUGACGCUGCAUGCUUCCAGGUAUGCUCGUCGAGCGGUGAGCGCUGGUGCUGGUGGCAACGCGCCCUGCCGAAUGCGUACACGUCGAAUGCAUCCAGUCUCUUGCAACGUUUCUACAACCAGGGCAGGGAGGCGGCAUAUGCGGCCUCUGUGGACUGGUUGACUGCCGCCGCCAAGGCAUGUUGUCGCCUCACGAUGCCCCCCGGUGAUCCGGCACGUGAAUCAUUCACAUCGAAUACCUUGGUCCAACAGGACGGGGCGUAUGCGGAGCUCGAUGACCCCGGCGAAAGCGCAGCAGUCGAGAAGAGCACACCAGCCAAUGCUGUUGCUGCUGCUGCUGCUGCUGCUGCUGUUGCUGCUUUUACGACGGAUGCUAGCGUUCGCACUCGUUGGCUUGCUGAGCAACCCGCACAGCGCGCAGUGAGUGCGUUGCUUCCGCGUUCCACGCCACGAUGGCUUGCCUGGUUUGUGCUGAUGGAUCUAGCGGGUCUGCUGUGUGCAAGCGAGAGGCUUCUUAGCCACGAGGCUGCUUUCGCGAACACCCAGGAACGCGGAGCCUUGCAACGCCGUUGGAUGCAGCUGAACAACUGGCUAGUGCGCUUUUCAUGGCCUCUCGUGGUCGUGGUUGCCACCAUGCGGGUAGCGCUUGCGCUGGGCGCUCCCGAACGAGAAAACGACUGGUUUGUGCGGUGUGCGCUUCGUCAGGUAGCGCUGUCUUGGCAUCUCGUGUGCUGGGCGCUGCACCUGCUGGACGACAGCGAGGCCUCGGAGACGUUGCACGCCAUGCAGUCAAGCGAACAGGCCAAGGAGCGUUAUUUCGACCCGCAGCGCACCUGCUGCGGUUUACCGCACCACUGGGAGUCACUCAUGUCGGGUUCAUGCGCGUUUCAUUGCCUCGCCGAUGCCUUGUUGCAGCGGCAGUACGACUUUGGGGCCUAUAAUGACGCCCAGCAUAUCAAGCCCAGCACUAGCACGCCCGCCGACGCGCUCGAUGCCUAUCUCUGGGAAGCACUCUGGGAACGAGGUCUAGUGCCGACGCUGGACGCUCAACGGGGCGCACCGGGGCCCGCAGGUCGCUCUCGGAACGCGCCUGCGACCACUGGAGGUACGACGGCUCCUGGAACUGUACCCCAGAGACAUGCGGUGCUCUGGUGGCGCAUUCCUCGCUUUGAACAUCCGACUGCUGCACCGGUGCUUUGCAUCGAAGAGCACGAUCGUUCGGAAACCGAGCAGUCCGCGAGUCGCUUUGAACAUCCGACUGCUGCACCGGUGCUUGGCAUCGAAGAGCACGGUCGUUCGGAAACCGGGCAGUCAGCGAGUCGCUUUCAACAUCCGACUGCUGCACCGGUGCUUGGCAUCGAAGAGCACGGUCGUUCGGAAACCGAGCAGUCCGCGAGUCGCAUGCCGUCGUUGCCUGCAGUGGUCGAUCCUGCCGAGGUAUAUGGCUAUCUGGAUGAGGAGCUGCUCCCGUGGAUGGAGGCCCUGCGUCAGCGUGAUGAUCGCAUUGUGGAGCAGGCCUUUAACGGCUACAGCUGUACGCUGCCUGGGUCCGCAGAUCGAAGUCUCCUUCGUCGUGUGGACCUGUCGGAAGCACAGCUUGCGGCUCUACGCGCCGAGGCUAGAGCGCGUAGGUUUUAUCGCCCAUCGGUACCGACGUUGGAAGCGGCACUCGCGUACGGUCAUGCUUGGAGGGAGCAGCAGGAACCGCUGCUCCGAAUGCUUCCUCGAGAAUCCGCUGCAGGCUGGACACACGUCUGGAGUGCAGCGGAACGCCUGGGGGCUUUGGAGGGACUGCAAGCAGCGGAAGCACUGCUGCCAGGUGGACGUUUUCACGCCCUGCAUGAUACCGCCGGACUUGUCGUGCUUGACUGGUACCAGGAAUACCAUGAGAGGCUGCUUCUCGAUGCCGAAAAGAGUGUCGCUGGGAUGUGCACCACCGACGCACUGGACUGGUCGACGCUCUGGAGGCCGCGGAUGUUGUUGCUUCUCGAGUCGGUGUUUGCGUCUGAGCGCGAGCCUGAGCCAUCACUUGGAGCGAGAGGCGGCCUGUUGGCACCAGUGCGCCUUGCUCGAGCACCUCGACGGCUGCUAGUUUCGUUGCAGCAACUGCUUUGUAGACAGGAAAGCGCACAAACCCGUUUCUGGCAUGCCUGGGCAGUCUUGUUGGAUGUGGUGCUUGCCGGAGGUGUUCCUGGUCUCGAUGAACGACGCGCCCAGGCGUCUGCAUCGAUUCCCAAUGGAGCGGCUCCGGAAACGUCCGCACAAGAGGCUUGGCGAACGCUUGCUGCAGCAGCUGGAAUGCCGUGGAGUCGAGCAGGUGCUGUUGCAGCCGCGGAAGCUUCCGAUGAGGCGCUUGCACACUGUAGGCGCCUCUUCGAGUCCGAACUAGAGCCACUGCGGCAAGGCUCGCCAGAGCGCACCGCAUCAACCGGCACUGCAUGUGCUCGAAUGGACCUGGAUCCCGACGAAACCCCACAAUGGGAAGCGUUGCGUCUUUGGCACCAAUACAGUUUGCUGUCUCUGGAGGCAACUCACGGGACACGAGAUUCGCAGCGAGCAGCAGCAGCAGUAGCGCCUUCGGAUUCGUAUGUGAGCGUGAUUAAGGACUUGGAGCGCAGGGCGGACGCACUACCUGUCCCUUUAGCGAUACCCACUGGUGCUGCUUCUGUCCCGAAUGCAGUGCUCUCGGAGAUCGACGUCCUUGCUGCUGGACAGAUAGCAUGCAGUACUGCUUUUGUACGGAAUGCAGCACUCUCGGAGCGCAAUGCGAUUGCUUCUGGUCAGAUAGCUACGGAUGGUGGCUGCGGUCGACGCUGGAACUCGAGCGAGCACCCAGCAGUACCGCCAGGGAGCACCUGUUGGCAAUCGCUGCCCGGGCUGUUGGCUCAAUUGGUCAACACUGCUGCCCCUGGUACUUCCUCUGUGGAUACGAAAACGACUCAGUGGUGCUCUGGUGUGGUCGUAGCUCUCGCGCUGCUGCUCAUCGGAAUGGAAGCUUUGAGUUGUACGCAAGAGCUCCCUGCUCAAGUGCUCGCAGCACUGCAAAAGCACAGCUAUGAAGCGCUUCUGCGGAGUUACGUGGUGGCAUCCAUACAGUUGUUGCGUAUCCAACCGGCAACUACCUGGUGGAGCGUCCUCCAGCAUCCACACUCCCUGCCCUAUUUAUGGACUGCGUGGCAGAGACCGGUUGCAGAGUCCAGUGCCUCGCUGCAUGGAAGCGCAGCCGAACCUACGUGGCGCUACGGAGCAGCGCUCUCUAGCCUGGGUGACCAGCUGCGUGCCUGGGCGCGUCAAGAGCCGGACCGAGCCCUCUGGAUGCACCUUGCGACGCGCUGGGAUAGUUGUUCCAAGCGAAGCGAACAAUUGCGAGCCCUUGGCCGGGAGCGGGAAGCGCUCGAGCUGCUCCUGGGAGAGCUCCUUGAACCCCUGGCACAAGAGAUUGCCCAGCGUUGUGCUUUCUCCGAUGCAGAUGAUUCGACUAAUGGUGCGCUGCGCGACACUUGGGAGCAGCUCGGCUCGCUGCUAGUCUCGAUGCGACUCGCUUGUUUCGCCCAGACUCGUUGGCAACGUGAAGAGCGUGCUCUGCGCUAUUCGAAGCGGGUCAUCGACACGCUCCCGUGUUGGUUGCAGGUUGCGACGCUCGCCGAGAGCGCCGCAGUCUCUGAACAGUCCAGGGCAGGAUGCUCGUUGAUGGAUGCAAUGGGAAAGCGUACGAGCGCUGGACAAGACCCAGAGAUGCUCCUCGGCGAUGAGCGUGUGCCCCAGUGGCUCGUCUGUUGUGGACAGGGCAUGGAGACGCUCGCCGUGGGAUAUGUCUUUCCGUUGCUACAGCUGUGGCGGUUGCUUGCGCGCUACGGUAGCCAGCUGGAGCCUCGCUUGCAAGCUAUCCAAGCGCAACUGGUACUUGUCUACCGUUACUACGUACGAUACUGCGAGAUAGUGCAGGAAGCGAUUGAUGAGCUUCAACAGAAACAGCUCCCCCAGUGGCAACUGCAGCGACUGCGCUUCGGGAUGCAGAUGCAGCGACCGUGGCGACAGCUUGCCGACUGGGAGCGCUACCGAGCAGCAGUCCAGCAGCUGCAGCAGGAGGAGCGCCAGCAGUGGCGAGCCCUGGACCACCUGCUGGACAGCAGUGUGCAGUCGCUCUGGCAGCGAGCUCGUGAACGCGUCGCUAAGCAGCUCUUGGAGCGUUCGCAAACCGCAUUGGUCAGCUCGACGCAAGAAUCGUUCAUGGACACCAACGUGAAGGCAGCUGGACCAGCGUUGGAGCAGUUAUCGCUGGUACACGAGGCGUCGUUGGCUGCACUGAGGGAACUGGAGCGCCUAGCGCACCAGAACAAGUGCUGUUGGGCAUCUAUAGAGCGUUGUUAUCGCUCUAUCUUUCAACUGCUGCGUCCAAUGAGGAUACGAAAGCGUCCAUUGCGAGAGCCUUUGCGGUUGCACUGGCCCGCUGGCGUGCUCUAUUACGGGCGGGCGCCCUGGGGAUACCCCCUGGGACAAGCGGAGCGUCUUCGGACGCAACAACAGCCACAGCAACAGCAACAGCAGCCAAACACACCGUACAUGAGCAAUACGGACGACGGCGACGACGAUCAUGCAGCUCUUUUCGAUGUGCUGGACAUGUUGCUGCUGGUGGAUACCAAGUUCUGGGAGCAGCUGACGGCUACUACGGAUCCGGCAGAGCUGCGAGGCUUGCGCACCGUGGCUACGUUGCUGGCGUUGGUGCGCGGGCUGCUCAGCGACCUCGCUGACCAACGCGAAACCUGGCAGAUCGCGCAUGCUCAUCCAGCUGUGCAAGUCCAGACGCAAGCAUCCGUACGUUGCGCAGCAGCAGCAGCGGCAGCGGCGGAAACGUCGCCUUCGAACUCGGAGGCGGUCGCGAGCUGGACUUGUGCGCACGACGCGACUCGAGUGCUGUCGAAGGGAGCGGUCCCGGGGCGUGGUGCUCCAGUCACGGAACUGGAUACACAGACGCAGCGUCAUGCUGCCGAAUAUUCGAUAAUCGAUGAAGCGUCUGUCUCAACAAUGGAUACUCGCCGUGUUGCGCUGGAACUGGCCGUACUGUGUCGCUGUUGGCCAGACGCUGCGUCACUGGGGGCUCGCUUUGCGGCCUUGGCGGCGGAACUUGGGCGUCAGCUCCAUCAGCACGACUGGGACGGCAUCGAAAGCAGCGCAACCGACCUCGAGCAACUGCUGCGUACGUUUCAGUCUGGCACGUCUCGCACGACAAGUGCUGCGGCAACGGCAUUGCGUACGCAACUGUACCGAUGUGCUCUGGAGCAAGUUGCAAGGCUCCGACUCCAACUCCAGCGACGAGUGCCUGCAUCGCUGCGGGGUAAUGGCCAAAUGGAGGCGGGUCCAAUUCCAGUAUCCGAAGACUCUCGUCGGGAUAACGAGGGUCCCGCGUCUGAACGCCACCCCGAAGCGAGCCCUCGAGCGUCUCCAGAGUGCCAGACGGCGACACCGACUGCAACGCCGGACUGGACACUGAUGGAGCUCCUGCACUGGCGUCCGUCGUCAAGCGAAGCGUUUGUAUUGUGCCUGGGACAAGUGCACGGCACUGCGAAUGUCUCUGAGCACCAGCAUGGCGCACUUGAGCGCAAACUGGCCAUGUUGCGGCGUCUGCACUGGUCGCUUGUGCGUAUCGUUCAGGUUUUGUUGUGUCUUGCGGAUCGUUCGCUGAUGCUGCUUCACAAUGCAGCAGUGGAUGCACAGCGCGAUGCAGUUGGUAAGGAUGUGAUGCGCCAGGGAGCGGGCUUUGCUGACACCGGAGCAUUGAAUGCGGAUGCUCGUGACUGUUCCGCCGACCUGGCAGCAUCCGAGCUUGGUGAGGAGCUCUUCGCCUCCGACAGAGCGACGAAUAGUGCAGCGGAGCAGGGCGUGCCGCGCUCCUCUGAUGACCUCGAAUCGAAUGAGGAGCUGCUCACCACAGCGGCGUUCUCGGCACCGUUUACAGAGAACGAGACUCUGGGGCAAGCCCCAGAAGACGACAUCGACGUCGACGGUGACAUGAACAACCCAGGGGGCACGGAAGCGCCGCCCGCGACGGAGACUGCACCAACGCCCUGCCCGGAGGAGCGCGCGUUGCCUGCUGACAGGACAGCGACCUCAGCAACAGCUCUAGCUGCGACGAGUAUGGAGGAAGCGGCACCCGACUCGAUGACAGAUGCACCAGCGGAGGUGGUUGCAUCUGGCAACGAGAGCACCGUGGAUGCAGAAGCUGCCCCGCGGUUACCGUGUGCAGUCACGGGGCCUGCGCAACCCUCCAUGAGCCCGGAAGCGUCGCUGAACGAGCCCGAGCAGGACGCUCCCGACAUCCUCGAGGACCUGGUGCAUCCGGACGGCAACUCGUCUCCGGAUAGGGUGUCAGAGGCAUCUGAAGGCUUGCCAUUCGCUGAAGACUGGGAAUGCGACGAACCUGCUGUCGACUCUGUCUCUGUUGACGCCUCGGAGGAGGCCGAAGCGAGGAGCGCGUUGCAUUCAGACGAGGACGCUCUGUCCGACAAUGGAGAUACGAUGAACGCGUCUCCCGCAGAUGCCGAGAGGUCUCAGUCUGACGCUCGGGAUACCUCGGAGACGAGAGAGCACACAGGCCGCUCGCCCGUCUCUGAAUCCUCGAUACUAGCCAAUGCUGCGCUCCCCGAACUGGCUACCGGAGGCGAGUCUGGAAACGCUGCAAGUGCACCGUCGCAAUCCGCAGCAGCAACUGGAGCCGCAGCCGCGUCGUCAGGUACGCUUCCAGCAUCCGCAGAGGCACCGGUCAUGCAAGCGGUAUCGGAAAAUCCCAGGGAGAGGCCCGGAGCGGCUCAUACCGAGGUCGAUGCUGCGACAACGAUGCCGCUCGCAGCCAGGAAUGUGCCGGAGACGAUCUGGAGCCAGGACGCUAUGCACUGGACAACGCCGCCCCAGCCAGCAUCCUGGGAAAGCACCGAAGAGCAGCGGAGCGCCUCGGCGCAAGGCGCACCCGCGUAUGCAGCAGAGGCGGCGGUGUCACUCGCUCCGGACCGGCAGGCUCAUGUUGCGUCAAGCGUAGCAGCAGAAUGGUCUAGUGGAGCCGCGCCAACCGCAACACCCCUUGACUUGCCAUACCCGUACACUGGGGAAACAUCAACUUCGUUGGAACAGAACAAACCAGCUGCGGCAGAUGAACAACAUCGUAUGCCUGCGUUGACGGACGAUCUCUGGAGCGACAACCAGGAUCCAACGGGCGUGCCGCAUCAGCCGCAGGUGCAGCAGAUGACCGGUUCGAAUGUCGACGACCUGGUGGUACCAGCUGCAAGCCAUCGCAAUGCACAGUGGAGCGCGUCGUCGACACUGUCACCAGCGGAAGCGUCACCAGGACGCCAGACGUCUACCGCGAAGACACCAGAACCUGAACGCCAGCGCGCAACGCAACGCCAAGAGUCCCUGCAUCAUCGCGACGACGAAAACGACAAGGAUGACAACCAGGAUAUCGCACCACAGCACAUGGACGCGGACCAUACGCGAUACUCGCUGGAACAAGCGGCUGCUGAUGCUGAUUUGAUCACCUGGUUCGCACUUGAACGUUCUCAUGAGGCGACGAUUGCACACCUCAGCCGUCGACUGGAACCCGUCCUCGAGUACAACCAAAUGACGCGUUUUGCAGGCGACUUUCGCACCGGGAAGCGGCUCCAUAUGCGUCGUCUCAUUGAUUAUGUGGCCAGCAACUACACCCGCGAUCGUAUCUGGAUGCGUCGUAUUCGUCCAGACCGUCGUCGAUACGAUAUCGUUGUUGCGGUCGACGACUCUGCGAGUAUGCACGAAUCAGGUGCGUCUCGCUUGGCACUAGAGUCUCUGGUGGUGGUUGCAGCGGCGCUGCAGCGACUCGAACUGGCACAUCUGGGUGUUAUCCGUUUCGGUUGCGAUGCACAAGUCGUGCAUUCCUUACACGCCGGAAUACCCGCCGCUGGCUCUGUUGGUGAUCAGCUGCUUGGUCAGUUUACGUUCCAGCAGCAGGCGACCAAUGUGGUCGCUCUGUUAGAAUGUGCGUCGGCGUUGUUCCGAGAGGCACGGGAGCAGCAAGCCGGUGUGAUCGAUUCUUGGCAGCUGUUGCUGAUUCUUUCCGACGGGCGACUAGGAGAGCGAGACGCCCUCCGCGCGCUCAUUCGAGAAGCGAAUGCACAACGUCUGCGGAUCGUGUUUUUCAUAUUGGAUCAGGUUGCUGGCACUCGAGAACAAGAGCAGCAGGCGUCGAGCGCGGUCCGGCGUACCUCUGUUCUCGAUAUGAAGCAGGUCGGUUUUGCCCCGGGUGGACGCAUGCAGGUGCGACGCUACCUGGAAGAUUUUCCCUUUCCUUUCUAUGUCAUUGUAGAGGAGAUUGCCGCUUUGCCGGCGGUAUUCGGGGACACGUUACGGCAAUGGCUCGCAGCCGGCAUGGAUUCCGGAUGCUAG